CAGGCGAGGCUUUCCACGCCUCUCGCGCUCGGAAAUAAAGAAAACGAAGUGGCCAGCCAGAAUCGCCAUUGCAGCUCGUCGGGCGGAGAAAGUAUCUGGAGCCGGUCAGGGGCCAUUCCGAGCCAUGCCGAAACCACUAGCCAAGGCAGAAGCGUCGCCACCGCCAGGCAUCGCGAUGACGUCAUCUGCGAGUUCUGCGGCGGCGGUGACGAAGCAGCCGUCCGCUUUGUCUCAGUGGCAUGCGGUCAUCUUCUACUUCGUGCUGGUCUUCGGGGAUCGUCUGCAGAACCCGUACGAGUACAAACUCUACUACUACAACAAGCUCAGCAGCCGGCGAUUCGCGCUUAUCUACGCCGUCGGGGCUCUCGGAGGCUGUCUCGCCGAUCUCUGGGGACGUUCUCUGGCAAAACGCGUCGGCUGGAAGCUGUCGGCGCCCCUUCUGCUGGCACUGCUGAUUCAGUCGUGCAUGAUGAAGAAGAGCGACGAGUUGGAAACGCUGAUGAUCUCGAAGCUUUUGGCCAAGGUGAGCGUGCUCACGCUGUUCCCGCUGGCCAUGGGUCAGUUCACCGCCCGCACCAGGCCGUCGGACCUGGCCAUCAUGAUCGGCAUCGGCUUCAUCGGCAUCGUCUCGGGAGUCAUCGGCAGCAUACUGUGCGACGUCAUCUACUACGACUGCUUCAUCUUGUUUCGCACCGCGGCGUUCGUGCUGGGCGCCCUCUUCUUCUUCCACUGGCUCUCCCCGAAGCCUCAGCCCAUCAAGGACCUCCUGGAGCCGUACCGUUCCGACCGCGUGGUCACCGUCGCCGUGCUCUCCUCGGAAGCCGCCUUGUGGUGCUGCAGCACCAUCGUCGAGGCCUUCUGGGCCCCGCUGGUCAACCCUUCCAACAUGGACGUCGGCCUGCUGUACGCGCUCUAUUGCUUUUUCCACGUCUUCGGAGGCUGCUUCUUCCGGGUGACCCGCAUGAUCCAGGCGACGCCACGCUACACCCUGACCCUAUCGUGCUUGCUGGCUGCCGUGGGCAUGUUCUUCGCGGCGGCCGCCAUGCCCGUCUACCCGGACUCCGUGCUGGUCGUCGUCAUGGCCAUGCUGGCCUUCCACUUCGCCCUCGGCCUGUGGGGUGCCUCGCUGCGCAAGCUCAGGAACUGCGCCAUGCUGUCGCCCCGAAACGAGGCUUACGCCCGGUGCGUUGGACGCGUGGUCGCGGCCGCCAUGCUGGCCGUGAGACGAGAGUUCGACACGCAGUACCUGUGCGGCAUCUUCACGGCCUGCUGCUGCUUCGUUCUGCUGUCGCUACUGCCCGUGCAGUCGCUGGCCCGCUGGAAGCAGAAGUCGCGCGUCAUCCAGGUGCUCAGGUCGAUGGCAGGUGACUCGUCGACAGCAUGACCUGCCAAGACCUCGUCGUGGCGGUGUGUGGUGUUGCAGGAGGAGUUGGAUGGUGGUGAAAAAAGGGGUGUCGUCGGCAGGUGGAUGUACGGGAUGUUAGCUACAUGAGACUUCGCUGGGUCGGAAGAGGGAGGGGGGGUGCUAAUGAGCAGUUGGUAGACGUGUCAAGGGUUUUAGACACUUGUGCCUGAGUGAAGUGAGCCACGUGGACUCAAAUGACUACUAACGCUGCAAGGCUGGUGACGAGAAGCAGUUCGAGUCAUAACGGCGUAUGACCUAAACUGUGGGACGUUGGUGAAAACAGUCACUUCUUCGUGGAGUGUUAGUAAGUGCAGGUGACGAGGCCUGACAGGACCUAAAACGUGGCAUCGCUCGUUUGACGACGGGUCGUGAACUCGGCGUCCGGCUUGGUUAGGCGAAGCCCCGAACAUCGCGAGAGAAGGGUCACAACCUAUGAGUGACACGUCGUAGCGGGUGCGUCAAGCAUAGCGAGGGACCGACUUGGGAGUGAGAAUGGCGAUUGUUGAAAGAGGUGCACUUCCUUGAGCUUAAAAAAAAAAAAGGGGUAUCUGUCUUGUGCUUCUAUGCAAUGGCCGGUGUGAGCGGGGCCUAUCCUAGAUAGGAGUUCAUUAAA